UGUAAUCGCUCCAACGGCCAAUUCGAAUGGUAUCAUUGCGGAGGAGGAGAAGAAGGGCUCGCGAUGAAUAGUUGGGGAAUCUCCAAAAUAAAAAAUCGAUAAAGUUGACCAGGAACGAUAAUAUACGCAGAUAUCUGCAAUGCGAGGUCACGAAACCAUUUAUAAUUCUUUGUCUAAAGCUUUAUCUUCCGUAACAUGUUCAAGACAUCUUCACAAGGUCCACUCGAAGAUUAUAAUUGUGGGUCUUGACCGGUCCGCCUUCUUCUCUGGAAGACUUAUUAGCAAGUAUGGCCAGUUCAAGGAACCAACGGCUGCAUUAUUGAUUUUCAGCGGAGUUUCAUUUACAAACAAUAUUUAUCAAUGGAAUUCAAUUAUUAGAGCCAUAACACGGAAUGGGUUACACUCUAAAGCAUUGGACCUUUACAAACAAAUGAAGAAAUUACAACUCCAACCUGACGCUUACACCUUCCCUUCUGUAAUCAAUGCUUGCGCAGGUUUGCCAGACCUUGAGAUGGGUAGGCUUGUUCACAUUCAUGUAAUUGAUAUGGGUUUUGAGCUGGAUUUGUACAUAGGUAAUGCUCUUAUAGAUAUGUAUUCACGAUUCAAAGAAUUGGAUUGUGCACUUAAAGUGUUUGACAAAAUGCCAGAGAGAGAUACAGUAUCUUGGAACAGUUUGAUUUCAGGGUAUAGUUCAAAUGAAUACUGGGAAGAAUCUCUGCACAUGUUUUUCCAGUCAAGAAUGGCCGGAGUGGCAUCAGAUUGUUAUACGAUUUUGGGAGUUUUGCCUGCUUGUGGAGGCUUGGUUGCAGUUGAAGAAGGUAAGAUGGUUCAUGGAUUGGUUGAGAAGAUAGGAAUUAAAACCGAUGUUGUCGUGGGAAAUGCUUUGCUUUCGAUCUAUUUCAAAUUUGACAUGCCUAUCGAUUGUGGAGUUUUAUUCAAUGAUAUGGUCGUUAGAGACACAGUCACUUGGAACACUGUAAUCUGUGGAUAUUUUCAGUCUGGAUUGUUUGAUGAAUCCAUGAAGCUGUUCCUAGAAAUGGUGCAUAAUUUUGAACCGGAUUCGUUAACCAUAACGUCUGUUGUUCAAGCUUGUUGUCAAGUUGGAGACUUCAGGUUGGGAAAAUUGGUCCAUGGCUACAUGAUCAGGAAAGGAUGCGACUGCGACACAACUGCGAGUAAUGUUCUUCUUAAUAUGUACUCACGAUUCGGAAACGUGAUGGCUGCUGAGACAGUUUUCGAGCAGACGCGGUUUAAGGAUUUGGUCUCGUGGAACUCUUUAAUCAACUGCUGUAGCCGGAAUGGAUUUCAUUCGAAAUCGAUUGAGCUUCUGAAUGCGAUGAAGAUGGAAGUGAAACCGGAUCCCAUAACUUACAUCACGAUGAUCUCCAUGUCGGGUCUAUUGGUGAACAUUAAUCUAGGGAAAGGACUCCACGGUGAUAUUGUUAAAACCGGAUACAACUCGAGUAUAGUCGUUGGCAAUUGUUUGAUUGACAUGUACGCAAAAUGCGAUUUAUUGGAGGAUUCUAUUGAACAAUUCGAAAGCAUGAAUAUACGUGACAUUGUAACGUGGAAUUCCCUCGUUUCUGCAUGUGCGCAUUCUAAGGAGUGCGUCCUCGGGUUUAACUCGAUUCGUAAAAUGAUAACCGAGGGACUGAAACCAGACCGAACUACGGUUUUGUCCGCGUUGCCUAUGUGUUCUUCGUUUGCGGCUAAGCGACUUGGGAAGGAGAUUCACGCUUGUGUAAUGAAACAGUCGUUUGAGUUUGAGUCGACGGAUGUUGCAAUUGAAAACGCGUUGAUAGAAAUGUAUUCGAAAUGUGGUAUCUUGAAGAACGCGUUGACCGUAUUCGAUCGUAUGAGAAUGAAAGAUGUCGUAACGUGGACGACUUUGUUCUCAACUUAUGGGAUGUACGGGAAGGGAACCGAAGCUGUGAAAGCCUUCGGCGAAAUGAUAGAAACUGGGGUUGUGCCCGAUCAAGUUUCGUUUGUUGCCAUAAUGUUCGCGUGUAGCCAUUCUAGAUUAGUGGACGAAGGCCGAGAUUACUUUCGUCGGAUGCGAAUGGACUUCAAUAUCGAACCGAGGAUGGAGCAUUACGCCUGCAUGGUGGAUCUUCUCUCGCGAUCGGGUCUUUUAGAAGAAGCGGAGGAGUUUGUGCUCUCGAUGCCAUUUAAACCGGAUGCAAGUAUUUGGGGAGCCUUACUAAGUGGUUCUCGGGCAAUUGGCAAUGUAGAAGUUGCAGAGCGAGUAUCCGAGCGUUUGUUGGAACUAAAUACAAAUGAUACGGGUUAUUACGUUCUAAUAUCGAACGUGUACGCGUCUUUAAAGAAAUGGGACGAUGUGAGGAGAAUACGAAGAUGUUUGAAAACAAAAGGGCUCAGAAAGGAUCCCGGUUGCAGUUGGAUUGAGAUUCGUAACAAAGUAUACGUAUUUGGAACCGGAGAUAAAUCGUUUGAACAAUACGAAGAUGUGAAGGAUUUACUUGACGUGCUUUCGGGAUUAAUGGAGAAAGAAGGUUAUGUUGCGGAUGUGCAAUCGGUACUCCACGACGUGGAGGAGGACGAGAAACGAGACAUGCUAUGCGGGCAUAGUGAAAGGUUGGCGAUAGCGUUUGGACUGUUGAACACGAAACCGGGGAUGCCUUUGCAGGUGAUGAAGAAUCUCCGCGUUUGUGGUGAUUGUCAUACAUUCACAAAGUAUAUAUCGAAGAUCGUUCAAAGAGAAUUCUUGGUAAGGGAUGCUAAUCGAUUUCAUCUUUUUAAGGACGGAGAAUGCAGUUGCGGAGAUCAUUGGUGAUCAAAAUUGUAAGUUUUAGCACAAAUUGAAUUUUUAGUUAUACAUGAUACAAACACAAAAUACUUUCAAAUGAAGCCAAUUUAUGUAACGUUUUGAUUUAAACGGAUAUAUA